UGAUCUUCUUCUUCCUCUAUUUCCUUAUUCUCAGGAAAAUAAGGUUUUUAUAAAAAAAAAUUCGUUGUCUCUCUUACUCUUUCCCUCUCAAAUCAGAAAAGUAUCUGCCUUUUCAUAUUCCUUUCCUCUUCAAUCUUGCUUUUUCAUCGCUUAUUGUCCUCGAGACGAAUCUGUAACUUUUCAGUUAACAUUUAGCAUUGCUUUGUCUCUGUCCCUUUCUUAAUAAAUUCAGUGGAUAUCUAUGCGUCUUCGAUUCUUUUAAAGAGAAUUUGUACAUACGGUUGUGUGGUUAUUCUUCUAAGCCUUUUUUUCUGGGUUUAUCUGCGUUUUUUUCUUCUUCUUCUUCUUCGAAUCGAUAAAUCAAAACUAGUUCUGCUUUUUUGUCGCUCAAAGUUUUUAGCUUUUUUCCCAUCUGGGCACACACCAAAUGGGCUAAUUCGAAUAAAGAGGUGUAAGAAGUUUCUCCAUUGAUGAUCAAUUGUUUCAAAGACUCGAUACAUGUCUUGAUGAGUGUUUUGCUUUGUAAGAUCCAUUGCCUUCUAAUCUAUUUUUCUACUAAUGACGAUGAUGAUCAUGAUGCACAUCAAGAGGUUGUUGAUCAUGCGGAUGGUCAUAGGAAUGAUGAGGUUAGAGAAGAAGAAGAUGGUCAAAUUGUUGGAGAUACUCUCACUCUGAAAAGUAGUCUUAGAAAGGCGGAUUCUAACAAGGAGGAGAAGAAGGUACAGUGGGUGGAUGUCAUGGGGAUUAAGGAGCUUGCUGAAAUUCGAGAAUUUGAACCAAGUGAAGAAGAUGAUAUUGACUGUGGUCGGGGAAAAACCUGUUUCUGCGUUAUCCUUUGAUCCGUCUAUCUUAGUUUUAGUGGAAGAUCAAGGCAAAGGAGAAAGUUGGUGACUCCAGCAUUUGAAUCCAUAUACGUGGAGGUAUAUAUAAAAUCUGCAUCUGUGUUCUUCUGCUCGCUUGAAGUCGUAUGAUGAUUCCUAACUCAACAUGGAAGCAUUCUUUUUUUUUUUUUCUUUCCUUAGAGAUGUAGUAUAGAUCUGUAUCUUGAUUCGUCUCUUCAACCAUUUAAUGAACGUUCUUUCUCGUUCAGAUUAUGGAGAAGUUAUAGAUCUAACAUCAAUAUCUCUACUUGUGCGAUUUAACUCAUAUGACUUUUACAUCACUAUGUUGAUCAAUGUCUACAUGACAAGUUUAAUCCGU